GUGUGUAUGAUCACCGUCAUGCUUGUUUUUUUUUUUUAUAAAAUUCGCCAUCUAGCGUUUUGGAGGAUAUUACAGAUGUUUAGCCGAUGUAUCUGAACUGCCAUUGGUCGGGUCCCCAAUGAAUAAGCACAUUUGUCAUAACCGGUAUCGAAAUAUCUUGAGUCACUGUGACGAGGCGGACGUAAACGCUGCGGCGGAUUUGUCAACAAACCGUGGUAUAUUAUUAUCCUGAAAUAAUUUAAAACUACAACGAAUGCAAUACUCGUGUUAAUGUUUAAUGCGAUUAUGGAAAUGUGAACCAGCAAAACAGUGAAGUCUACAUUUCCGAGUUCAAUCAGAGCGAGAAACUUAAGCUAAUUUUCCGUUUGCUAGCUGUAGAGUUGCGUUUUUGUUUGUAAACACGUUUGUAUAAAGUCGUAGCGAUGGCUGAUGGAAGUUCUUACAAUGUGAAUUUGUACAUUUAUGAUCUGUCAAAAGGACUGGCCCGUCAGCUGAGUCCCAUGAUGUUAGGAAAGCAAGUCGAGGGAAUAUGGCACACCUCUAUAGUGAUUUAUGGGGAAGAGUUUUUCUAUGGAGGAGGAGGCAUUACAAGCUGCUUUCCGGGUGGUACUAUUCUAGGUAUGCCUGAUUCCAUAGUGGACCUUGGAAACACAGAAGUUCCCCAGGAACUUUUUCAGGAAUAUCUGUUUUCACUCAGGGAGUCCACUUACAGACCUGAAAAAUACCACCUUUUUGAAAACAACUGUAACACCUUCAGCUCUGAGGUUGCACAGUUUUUAACAGGAACUAAGAUUCCCUCAUACAUCACUGACCUCCCGUCUGAGGUGCUCGCUACACCUUUUGGGCAAGCACUCCGUCCUUUUCUCGAUUCAGUCACCGUCACUCCAGCAGGGAACAAUGGCAUGAAUGGAUAUGGCCAGUUGUAAAUCUGGCUACAUCAGAGAAUGUAUUAUUUAAACAGUCGUGAAGCUUAUAUAUCAGAUUUAUAAUAACAACAGUUUACUUGGGUUUGACCCAUUGUAUCUAUAUAUGAAAGCAAGUCUUCCAGAUUUUAUGCUCAGUGCCUUUUCAAACUCAAGUGAUGAGUGUCUCAGUCUCUUUUCUUCAGUGACCAGUUUGUCUGUAUAGUUGACUUUUUAGUAUAGGAUUUACUGGUACAAACUACUAGUUGAAACAAAAUGUUAACUAUUAUAACCCCUGUGGAUGUUUGCCAAGUCAACCAAAUCUGAAAUGUAUUUUAUAAACUACAAAGUAGAAUUAGUAUUGCUAAUGAAUUGUUUGCACUAAUUGUUAAAUACCCGGCCAACUUUUUAAAUAGAUUGAAUGUUCCAAAGCAAAUUAUAUCAGGAUUCCCCUCAUCGGUCUGUAGGUGUCUCUGUUCUACCUCAACAUAAUCUGUUACUUCAGAUGCUUUAAGAGGAAUAGAAGAUGAGAAUUAGGUUGCUAAUUAUUCAAAUACUGAUUAGAAGUGUCAUUUAGAGUCCCUUAUUUAUGUGUAAAUUAAACAAUUCAUGCACCUUUACGGUUUACUGUGCUUGUAAAGUGCUUAACUCAUUUUCAGACGUUCUAACUCAAUCACUCUUUCCUUAACCAGUCACUUUCUUAGCACUGAUUAUUGACUCUUUGUGUUGUAAGUUGUUAUCUAAACCUUACCUUUGCUCAGAACAACAUGUAUAUCAAUCCUAGAGUGCCACAAAUAUAUACUGCAGAGGGUUUAAGGCGAUCAAUAACUUCACAGUAAGCACAAUAACAGUCACACAGAUGAAGCUAAUGAAUGUUUUAUAAAAUGUGUAGGUGUCACCAGCAAUGGACCCAGUAGGAGCGUGGCUUUUCUGUGAAAUAGAAAUUAUUUAACAAGCAGUAUAGAAUUCAUAACUCAGUGGUCUGAUUGUAAAUGGUCUAAACUCUCUAAAGUCCAUAGGACCAGUGUAAUCAUAACAAACACGUUAGCAAUGAGACAUAUGUAUGAUUUUAAAUCAAUUUUUUAAAAUGUGCGCACCAUUUGUAACUUGAGAUUUUAUAUAUGAUAAACAUUCCUAGUAAUCUCACAGUUAGAUUUGUUAUAGGUUCAGGUUAUGCUGAUUUAUCUAUGAUGCUGUUGUAUUUAUUUAGAAAUCUUACUUUUCUGCCUCAAAUAAAGCUGAUUCAUGUGUAAAUGUGACCCUGGACCACAAAACCAGUCUUAAGUCGCUGGGGUUUAUUUGUAGCAAUAGCCAAAAAUACAUUGUAAAAAUUAUGGAUUUUUCUUUUAUGGCAAAAAUCAUUAGGAAAUUAAGAUCAUGUUCCAUUAAGAUAUUUUGUAAAAUUCCUACUGUAAAUGUAUGAAAACUUUUUGAUUAGUAAUAUACAUUGUUAAGAACAUUAUUUGAAGAACUUUAAAGGUGAUUUUCUCAAUAUUUAGAUUUUUUUGCACCCUCAGAUUUAGUUGUAUCUCGGCCAAAUAUUGUCCUAUCCUAACUUAUUUAUUCAGUUUUCAUAUGAUGUAUACAUCUCAAUUUUGAAAAAAUAAUGUUUUUGUGAUCCAGGGUCACAAAUGUGUGUUUAAAUGUAAUUUUGUUCUAAACAAAUAAAGACAUUUUGAAAGUG